CUUAAACAACAAAAAAGUUUGAAGCUCAAAAAAUCUGCAGAAACUUAAUUAAAUAACUCAAUCAAUUCAUUGUUUUAUACAUCAGAAACUUAAUUAUCGUAUAUAAUAAGGUUAAAUUCAUAGAAUGGAUCAGGAAUUGAGUAAAAUGAAGGUAUCUGAGCUAAGAGAGGCUCUAAAGACGAAAGGACUAAAUACAACCGGUAAUAAGCAAGAACUAAUUGAUCGUCUAACAGCAGCAAAUUCAGAUCUAUCAAUUGAUCCCAAAUUCGAGGAUGAAUUACUAAAUGAUGAUGAUUUGGAAAGCGAGGAAAAAUCAUUACUGGAUUCAACACACGAUCUCUUGAAAUCACCAGACUCUUCAAAAUCGUCUACACCGGAAUCAGCACCAGCACCGAAGAAAAUCUCUUUAAAGAGGAAUGUUUGCAUAGAAACGCCAAUUUUACUUGAAGAAAAGACAGAAUCGAUAUUAUCGGACAAGAAUGAUUCAUCAGAACCAGAUAAGAAGAUUGUUAAGAUAACUGAAUUGUCAGCAAAAGAUCGAAUGGAAAUGCGUGCCAAAAAGUUCGGUGCUAAUGCGUCAGUUACUGUUGAUUCCGCGCCAUCAUCAAUCAAGCUAGAUGCUCGUGCUAUACGUUUUGGAAUAACAGCACCAACAAGUUCAACAGUAAGCAAUAAUUCGUCACCAGAAGUUCUAAAGAAGCGAGCUGAGCGAUUUGGAGCAAUUUCGUCAGAAGUUAAAAAGUCGGAAUUGGACGAGAAGUUGAAUAAACGAAAGGAACGUUUUGGAUCUGAAGGAAAAGUCACAAUCACAGCACCAGGAAAGACAAGUGAUGAAUAUGCUGAAAAGGCUCGACAAAGAUUGGAACGAUUUAAGACCACAGCUUGAAUUAAUUAAAUUUCUCUUAUGAAUUUUCUUUUUUACCAAUUCCUUUUUUGUCAUUAAACACGUGAGGUGAGAUAGAAACGAUUUCUAUAAUAUCUAAUUAAUCAUUUAUGUAUUAUUCACGAAAGAUGAGAAAACAUUAAAAUAAUAACAUUGAUAAAAACAGCAGUAAUUGUGUUUUAUGAUAUUUGUGUGCUUGAACAGGCG